UCUUUACAUGGCUGUGGUUCUAAAUUUCAGUCAGUCGUGGGCCCUGUAUUGCCUAGUUCAAUUUUAUGCUAUUACGAAGGAAGAAUUAGCACACAUCCAACCAUUGCCAAAGUUUCUGACAUUUAAGUCAAUUGUUUUUUUGACUUGGUGGCAAGGUGUGAUUAUUGCCCUUCUAUGUUCCCUUGGUUUGUUUAAAAGUCCAAUUGUACAAGCUUUGCACUUUCAAUCAAGCGUUCAAGACUUCAUCAUUUGUAUUGAGCACAGAUGGGCAUUGCUUCUGUGGUUCAUCUUUUUGUCUUCCCUGCAAAGCCGUAUGAGCUAAUGGGAGACUGCUUUCCUGGAAAUGUUUCAGUCCUUGGAGACUAUGCAUCAGUUGACUGUCCUGUAGACCCAGAUGAGGUUAGAGACAGUGAGCGUCCCACAAAAUUACGACUUCCUCAACCUGACAUGGACGUUAGGAGUGGAAUGACGAUCAGAGAAAGUGUUCGAGAUGUUUUCAUCGGUGGUGGUGAAUAUAUUGUGAACGAUGUGAAGUUCACUGUUACCCAAGCCGUGGAGCCUCUGGAGAAGGGAAUCACAAAGUUCAAUGAAAAAAUACACAAGAUCUCCCAAAACAUGAAGAGGCAUGAUAAGGAAAGGAAAACAAAAGAUGACAGUUGCAUCGCCACAUCAUCAUCUACACGGAGAGUAAUUCGUGGAAUAGAUGACCCCCUCCUAAAUGGUAGCAUUAGUGACAGUGGGAGCUUGAAGAGAAAAAAGCACCGCCGCCAAACUGGAUAUACCAGUGCAGAAAGUGGUGGAGAGAGUAGUAGCAGCGAUCAAAGCUACGGUGGGUUGCAGAUUGGUGGCCGUAGGUGGGUUAUCAAAGAGUAGUCAAAAGAAAGAAACAUUUUCAGUUACCAUGGGGGUUGCGUUGCGACAAAUGGUUUUGGCAUCUUUUUAAAACAUGCCAUCUGUAAGUAUUCAUGCCCUGGAGUGUUAUUAUUCUCUUCUGGUGGGGGUUGCAAGAAGUCAUGGUAUUCUAUUCCCCACCGACAGUUUUUUUGCCUCCCGAAGGAAGUUGAAAAUUUUGUUCUGGCUUCAUGUGUACUUUUCUAAUCUCAGAUGAUGAGAUGAUGGUAUAUGCAGAGGGCUUGCGCAUUCAUGGUUCAUGUAUUGUUCAGUACACACAAUCGGCUUAAAAAAAAGUUGUAUAGAGCCCUGAAAAGGCUUGUCCAGUUAUAAACUCGCGUGUAUUGACUCCAUUUGCAUAAUAUGAAGUUGGUGACCGUUUAUUAACUUCUAUGUCUGAAUCAUAGGUUUCUUGAGG